AUGGUGAGUUAUGAUGAUAUUACUCAGACGUUAUUAAUAGACCGCAUAAAAAUACAAUAUGACUCAAGUAGUCAAUGGAAUAAAUAUUUAAAAUAUAGUUUAAGAAACCCUCACUCUUUCACCUACCCAGAGAGUUCACACCUUAAUAGUUUUGACAAUGCCGACUUCAAUUACUUUAAUUCGGCUUUUUUAUCAAAGGGCUAUAAGUUAAAUAAUGUGGACAAGUUGAACAGGGACUAUGAUGAGGAAAAAGGAGAAAGGUACUUAUUUGAAGUCGAAAAAUAUGAAGAAGAGAAUUUAAACAAAGAUGAAGACAUAUUAAUUAGAAAAAUCGUUUGUUUAUUUAAAGAAUGUAUGUAUUAUUUCAUGAGCUUUAAUGAAAAAGACGGUCAAGUAUUGGAAAAGUCCUUUAGAAAUACAAAUAAAAAAGAUAUUAAGGACAGUAGUGCAUACGAACUUUUAAAAAGUUUAAAUGACUGCAUAGUACAAUUACACGAUUCUAAGAUAAAAAAAAAUCAAGCAUUAAUUAUGACUAGCGAAUUUUGUGGUAUUUUUACUCCGAAAUAUGUGAAAUUAACAAAGUAUUCUGACAGCUUUUUAAAUUUAUUAAAAGAAAAUAAUAUAAAAUAUUUUGAUUUAUUUUAUGAAGAAAUUAAAUACAAUGAUUUAUACAAACAUAAAAAAGAGCAUUAUGAUUUUUUAAAAAACUCUUCAUUUGUUCCUUUAACAAAGGGAGAAAUUUCGCUAGCUAAUAAAAAAAAUGCAUUAAAUAAUAAUUUGCAUAAUAUUAAAAAGAAAGACGAGGAAAACGUAAGUGAUAAAAAAUAUAUUGCCAGUGAAAACUAUAAAUAUGAUAAAAAUAAAAAUUGUGGUUCGGGCACAGUCUUAAUAAAAAAUAAUGCUGACGCAAAGGGCGAAAACGAGAGAGGGAAAAAAAAAAAAAAAAAAAAAAAAGGGAAAGAAGUAGGAGCAGGAGGAAAAGUAGAAACAGAAGUAGACAUAGACGUAGACUCAGAAACCGAAAAACAACUCGACUGCUCCGAAAAUGAAAAAAGAUGUUGUUAUACCAAUGUGCACGUUCCAGUAAAGGGGGAAGAAAACACCAAUAACCGCAUUGCUAAGGAAACGACUGACGAUGUGAACAACGGAAAUUGCAGGAAUAAGAAGGGAGAUAAAGGAAUUAUUGAACACAGCGAUAACCGCAAGACAAAGAAAAAGAGAAAAAGGGAGGAUGAUAAAAAAAAAUUUAAAGUUAAUAAAAAAAAAAGAAAAAAUGAAAAAGUAAAGACAAAGAAGGGGAAAAAUUCUGUUUGCAGUGAAAUGGACAAUCGUACCGUAAAUGAUACUGUUAACAACCAUGUGAACAGUGCGUUCAAUGAUGAGAAGCGAGGAGAAGAAUUGGGACUAGUACUGUACGAAAAUGAAGAAAUAUGCAACUAUUUAAAUAUUAAAAAUGAAAAUAAGGAGAUAGGUAAAAAUGAAUAUAGGGAUAUAAAUAACAACAACGAAAAGUUUGCAAAAAAUGUGAAAAUUUUCAACUUGUUAAAUAAAAGAAUAGACGCAAAGGAGUAUAUAUACAAUGAACUAAAGAGCGAUUUUAUGAAAGAAAUAAAUUUGCCCAAUAAAUUUAACUAUGAUGUAAAUGUUAUAGAGAUAUUUGAAAAAGACGUUAAGAAUUUUUACAGAUGUGUAGUGAAGCAUAUUAAUAAAAAAAAAGAGAAAAUAAAAAUAUAUUAUAUAAUAAGUAAUUUUUUAUUUUUUUUUUCGAAAAUGCAUAAAAAUACAAUCAAUUUUGAUGACAACAUUCACAAAGAUAUCAAUCGAAAUUUUGAUUAUAAGAGUAUAAUAAUACAAGGGAACAUGUUGCCGUAUAACUUUUAUCUUUUAUUAAAGGCUUUACAUUUAAUGAGUGUACAUGAACUUGUAAAGAAUUUUUACAUAACUGUAGAUUAUGACGAAAGAAAAAAUAAAUGUCUUCAUUUCUUAAAUAUAUCUGAGAAUAAAUUUUAUGAAAAUUUUAAAAAGUUUGAAAAAAACAUUAAGUCUAAUUUUAUAUAUGUUCAUAAAUUUUUACACAAUAUGAUACCAAUAAAUAAAUUCUUAAUAUCUAAAGGAAAUUUGUAUAAAAAUUUGGAAAACUUGCCAUUUUCUUUUGAAAACAACGACUUACUACAAUUAGCAUAUAAUAAUAAAUCUUUUUACCAUAACAAUGAUGCGUUAGUAUUAUAUGACGAGAAUAGCAACAAUGAUGAUGUUAAAAAUAACUUUAUAGGUAAUAAUACAUCCACAAGUGCAGUUAUUCCAAUCAGUGGACUCACUAAUGCUGCUACUAUGUUAUGUAACGCUAGUUACAUUAUAUAUGAUUGUACUAAUGCACAUAAGGGAAUAGAAAAUUUAAAAAGGAACUGCAAAAUAAUAGACGAUAAAGAAUUGCAUAAAAUAAUGAUUGAGUUAACCGAUUUAAAUGACAAUUACACAAAAAUUUUAUUAAAAGAAAAAAAAAUACUAUUUUUGGUAGAGUCCUAUGGAAAUAAUAACACACUUUUUGACAAUUUGUUAUUUAAUUCUAUUUUUUUUGACACAUAUAUUUCUCUAAUUUGUGUUUAUUAUAUAAAUAAUUAUGUGAAAAAAGUGGAAGACCUCAAACAUAUUCCAUUGUUUAAACCCUCUUAUUUUAAUUUAUUGGUUAAUCAGAUAAAGAGAAGAAAAAAUCAAAAAAAAAUGAAAAAGCACAGUGGAAAAAACGAGCAUACUGUAGAUAAGCUAUGUAACAAUUUUUUUAAAAAUUCUUUUAACAAAAUAUUAAGCUCAAAAAUUGAGGAAGAACGAACUGUGGAUAUUAGGAAUGCCAAUUUGCUUAGAGAAAAUAUGAACAUACAAGGUGAAAUGAACGAGCAAGGUGAGAUGAAAGAAGAAGACAGUCUCAAUGGUACAGAUAAUAAAAACAAAAUACACCACACAACGAACGACAUAAACAUAGAUACAAGCAAAAAUAAGGAAUAUAUAAACAGUAAAAGUGAUAAUAAUGGACCUGAAAAAUCGAUGAAUAAUUUGAACAAUAGUAUAAAAGCGAAAGGAGAACAAAAAAAUUUAAAUGAAAAUGAAAAUAGUUAUGAAAAUUAUUUACAAGAUAGAGUAAGUAACAUAAUUAUAAAUGAAGCAGUUGUAACAAAAAAAGAGUUCAAUGAUUUUAUAAUUUGUAUAUUUGUUUUUAUAAAUGAAAAUUCUUCUUCUGUUAGUGAAGAAGAAAAAGAAAUGCGUGAAUUAAUAUUGUAUGUGUUAAAAAUUAAAGAAAAUGAAAAUGUGGGAAAUAAAUUGAAAUGUAUUUUUAAAUAUAGAAAUAAUAUAAGUGAUGCAAUUACGUUAAGUGAAAUAGAAAUAAGAAAAUAUGAUUAUGCAAAAAUAUGUAUAAUGGGAUUAAUAUUAAAUAAUGAUAUAUCUAAUCCAAAUUUACAGACGGACAUAAAUAAUUUGUAUUAUUUAAAUGAAGCGUUACAUCAAAAGUAUUUUGCGCGCAAAUUUGAAAUUCAAACGAAAAUUUUUACGUUUUAUUGGAUAUAUGACGUUCAUGUAUAUGGCUCAAUAUUUUUAAAAAAGAAAGAGGUAAAUCACAUGAUAAGAAAAGUUGGUAGCACGUAUCAGUUGCCCUACCGUGUGGAGUGGAAAAGCAAACUGCUGUGGGGAUAUUAUUUUUACAUAAUUCAAGAUAGUGUAGAAAGUAAAUACUCAGAAGAAGUGGUUUUAAAAUUAAGAGAAGAAGGAAUAAAUAUAAAAUUAUGUAGCGAACAGUUUGAUGUUAAAUAUGUUGAAGAAGAUAUUAAAGAAAUUUUGAACAUGCAUAAUCUAGAAUUCAAAGACUUAAAAUAUUUGAAUAAAAAUACAUUUAUGAAUAUUAUUUUCUUAAUUGAAAAUGGACAUUUAACAUAUUUCAGUUUUAUAAAUACAGAUAAUAUACAUAUAUACCAGAGAAAUAAUUAUUUGUGCAUUCAACUUUUUAAAACAAAAAUUACAUUUCCAUCGUUUAGUUUGAACACCCCUUUGUUAAAUGACUCCUGGCUGAUAGACGUUUUGUCAAAGCAAACAUUACUGCCUUUUAACGAUUAUUUCUACAAAUUUUGA